UGAACUCAGGCGUGUUUCUAAAAACUAUCGACGAUGGAGAGCAAGAAGAAGAGAACGGGUAUCUUGGAGCGACUUAAUGCUGGGGAGGUGGUUGUGGGUGAUGGAGGUUAUGUGAUGCAGCUAGAGCGACGUGGCUAUGUGAAGGCUGGACACUGGACACCUGAGGCAGCUGUUGAACAUCCUGAAGCAGUGCGGCAGCUGCACAGGGAGUUCCUGAGAGCGGGAGCCAAUGUGCUUCAGACAUUCACCUUCUACUGCAGUGAGGAUAAACUGGAGAUCAGUGGCAAUGUCACCAAUAUUACUGGGGCUCAGAUCAAUGAGGCAGCUUGUGACCUGGCCAGGGAGGUAGCCAAUGAGGGGGAUGCAUUGGUCGCUGGGUGUGUGUCCAAGACUCCCUGUUAUGUGAAGAGCCACAGUGAGACUGAAGUCAAGGCCAUCUUUAAGAAGCAGAUGGACGACUUCCUCAAGAAGGACAUUGAUUUCUUUAUAGUGGAGUUUGUUGAUCACGUGGAAGAGGCAGUGUGGGCAGUGGAGGUGCUGAAGACCAGCGGUAAACCAGUGGGUGCAACACUGUGCAUCUCCCCUCAAGGAGACAUGCACGGAGUCCCGCCUGGAGAGUGUGCUGUCAGACUGGUCAGAGCCGGAGCUGACAUUGUUGGAGUAAAUUGCCAUUUGGAUCCUAUGUCGAGUGUUCGUACCGUGAAGUUGAUGAAGGCAGGAUUAGAGAACGCUGGUCUCAAAGCCCAUCUCAUGAUCCAGCCACUGGGCUUUCACACACCUGAGUGCAACGUCGGUGGAUACACCAGCCUACCUGAGUACCCCUUCGCAUUGGAGACCAGAGCAAUGACCCGCUGGGACAUCCAUCAAUAUGCCAGAGAGGCUUACAAUGCUGGAAUUCGCUACAUUGGUGGCUGCUGUGGAUUUGAGCCCUACCAUAUCAGAGCUAUAGCAGAAGAGGUGGCUGCAGAGAGAGGAUUCCUCCCACCAGCUUCAGAGAAGCACGGAUUGUGGGGAGCUGCCCUUGAGAUGCACACUAAACCCUGGGUCAGAGCCAGGGCUCGUCGAGAGUACUGGGAAAACCUUUUGCCUGCUUCCGGACGUCCCAAAUGCCCUUCCAUGGCCACAGCAGCUGAUGAUUAUGAAGAAAAGCUGAAAUCUAACAUACAAAAAUAAUCUCUUUUAUACACUAUGUCUGAUGAGAUUAUCCACUUUUUUACAUCAAGAAUGACAGUUAAGGGUCUGAUUUAACAGCCAUUUGUUUACACAGAGAUUUGUGAAAUGCUUUGUACUGAUUCAAAACUCAAUAAAUCCUUUGGUUAUUUCACUGUAUUAUUUAGUCUCGCCAGUUGGCUCAGCCAUAACACAACUUGGGCUCAGUCAUCAGUGAAUCAACUGCUUCCUUUCUUUUUUUUAUGUAACUGUAUGCACUAUCUCUUAACCUGAUAUAUUGUACACAGUUGUCCUUUACUAGUUAUUAAGGAUAUUAAUUGUAAAACACCUUCAUGGAUUUAUCACAAUUGUUGAUUGAUUGUUUUAACCUGCUGUGAAAUAUUUUCAAAUAAAUAAAUACAAAAAGCAA